GGCCAAACUUUGCACAGGCACUGUGCUGUUAGGACUGCAGAGAGAAGGCUGACAGGGGAUUUUGAGCUGGCAAGCCCUUUCCCCUGACAUUUUGUCACUCAAGAGAGAUUCACUGAGUGCUGGUUUUGAUGGCCUUCACACCAGCCCACAGUGCUCCUUGGUUAAACCUAACUCUGUUCAGAUCAGUACAGAGGGGGAGAAAAAAUGAAAAAAGGGAGAUGAGUUUCUACCACUGCAAGUGCUUGCAGACAUGGGAGUGACCUCACAGAUUUAAGGGGAGGAGCCUUGGUUCAUACAUGAAGGGAUUUUCCCUAUGACGAAAUCCUCACGAUAAGUCUGGGGGAUUCCCCAGUCUGCCUUCAGAAAUAUCAUUCUAGAAGCAGUCACAGCUUCAUUCUGCUCUCACAGUCCAUCCUGCAGAGAGGCACACUGUUGCUGCUCUGUCAUCUGAAGCAGUAAAAGCCAUGUCUUUGGGAGUCUACGCUCUGCUCAUCAUCCUGUGCAAUGGUGAUGUGUACCUGUGCUUCGCAGUUUGGUGCUUGAUCCGUGGGACUUCUGUGAUGAUCCCAGAUGUUGCUGUGAGGUGUGCUGAGGAAGUGGUGCUGCCCUGUAAAGCUCUUCAGGACUCCUCAAUCUCCUACCAGACAGCGUCUUGGUACAAAAUGGCUGGAGACAGCGAAGGAAUAACAUGGGAAGUCCUUGAUCUGGAAUCUCAUUUUCCACGAGAAGUUGGGGGGUCCUUGGAGCUAUCCAAUGACACCUCUUUUUCACUGAGGAUCAAAAAUGCGACUGGCCAAAACAGCGGGACGUACAAGUGCACUCUGGGGGAGCAGAACGGAGAACGCAAUCUGAGCAGCACAGUCACAUUAAAAGUAACAGGUUGCCCUGGAAUAGAAGAGGACAAACUAAAAAAAUACAAAGGCGAGCUCUUCAUGCUGACUUGCCUUGGGAUUUUUUAUUUGCUGCUCAUCUUUUUUACUUGUACAUGUCUAAGAAAAGAGAGUAUGUCUCCCAAUUACCAAAAAACCAGACCAGAUAUGAAGCACAUGCUUACCCUCAUCAAUGUAUGUGAAAUAACAACUUUGCAGCAUUUAAACAGUGACAGCACUUGCAAAAAUGAGCUUACUUCAAGUUCUGUCUAAGUUGACGUUGAUGGCACUGUGGACUCAUCAGUAAACACAAGCUGGAUGGCUGAGUGGUAUGGAGAGGAAAUAAAUUAUAAUAUAUGGUCUCUUCAGAACAGCCUGAAAGUACAGGUGCCUUGUCAGUGGUCUGCUUGUGCUGGACAAGCCGUCGACAAGCACUGUUAUGCACUACUGUAACUUUUGAGAGUUAGUCAGCUAAAAAAUACCUUUACUGCUACACAACAUGUUACAAUGCUGUUAUGAGGUUGGUAUCAACUUUAUUUCACUCUGCUGUGAAGCCCUCCUUUUCUGAGCAAGAAUAUGCUUCUAACAUGAAGACUGAGUUGUAGGGAGGCCAUGCCUGUGCAAAGCCAGCAGAUGAAGCUCUUCACUGGACUGAUAUCUCCCACCUUUUGGAAGCAAACACAGCAGGUGCUGUAGUAUGAAAAGAAAUGUGUGCAGGGCUGUCUCUGAUCUGAGCCUGAUCCUGGAUGGAGUUCUAUUGCAAACAAGGCGACCCCCUCAAUGAUGGGAGAGAAAAAUGACGCGGCAUCCGACUCCAUCUUCAGAAGGCUGAUGAAAUACUUUAUUCUAUAAAUCUACAAUUGAAUCUGCCAUGCACUCACAAGCUCAACUGCACUCAUCCAUGACUCUCGCUGACUGUCUCGAGAUUGCCAGCAGACAAUCUCAACACAGACACACUCUUGGCCUUGAUUGGCCAAGGGAAGAAGACAUCCUCACUUUGGGUAAACAAUCUCCACAUUCCAUUCUACUUUGGCACAACACAGGCACAGCAAGUGAUAAAAAUUGUGUUUUUCUUUCUCUGAUGUUCAGAGAACGUGAGUCCCAGCUAUAUUCCUGGGAAAAGCUGUGCCUUGCUUUUCUCCAUGAGGAGAAAUGUGGUAACAGAGUUCCUUUACUGCAAAUGAGAUGUAAUCCAUCAUGUGAUGUUCAAGCAGGCUGAAGAGGUAACUUCAUGCUCUUGCACUGGAAGGAUCAAAGCAACAUUCACUCUUAAAUCUUAGAGUGACAGACAGGCUGAGAAGGAAGAUGAUUUUCUCAAAAUCUUUCUGGACUGAAUGAACUUUUUAUCUCAGCAGGAAAAAUAGGGACAUAUUUUCCAGAUUAAUCUGUAGGAAGCUUCAAUGAGACUGUUAAUCUCAAAUAAGAAUGAAGAAGACUGUGAUAUUAAGGACAUGUAAAGAUGCCUUAUUGUGUAGUUUACAAAACAUGGAGCCAAACAUAUGAAACACUUAUGUCAGUCAAGUUACUCGAGUGAGGACCAGAGCCCUGGCUUGGAAGAAAUCAACCAACCAUGUCUUUGGGAUGUACUAAGAUAGCUAUGAGAUACAGGAAGGGAAGAUAGGACAUUUGGUGUUGGCAGUGUAUGUAUGUGAAAAAAGGACAUGAGAAAAGCUGAACUCAGGCACACCAUAAAGGGGAGAGAAGAUUUGUCCUUUUGGAUCAAACAGCAAGAGAUCCUAGGCUCUGAAUCCAAGGAACCUUCUUCUAUUGGAUUGCUAGUGCAGAAGGUGAAGGAAGAGGACUCUAAAGUGCUUAUGCCAUGUCAGAAUUUGAGCCCAAACUUCAGAACUUGCAUACCCCAAAUAGCCCAGUUUAAAAAAAUACUUCAAGAACUGACCAGCAACAUUAGAAUUUUAAAUGCAGUUUGGAAUUCCAGACUGCUGACAAAAAGAUCUUUCUGUAAUCCUUUGACUAAUUUUGAAGUGUUGAUGGGAAGAAAGCUGUACAUCACUCAGCAUUGGCUCUGGGAGCAGGGUAGAUGUCUGCAUUGCUGGAGUCCAAUAGGCUCCUGACCAGAAUGACUUA